AUGUUGAACGAUACCAAGCAGGCACCGGACAUCGUCACUGCUAAGCUGAACUCGAUGCGCUCUCAGUCUUGCGAAACCCGCAUUCCGUCUUCCAUUGCAGCGCUGACAGCGGCGGCAAACUUCAGCCUCUGCGGAACCUCGCCGGCAGCGUCCCUUGCCUACGGUGCCUGCCUUCCGUCUCCAAAACGCCACGGCAGAAGCUCUCAAACGAGCUUUCUCUCCGGUGCCACGAGCCCCACUGCCUUCUGCCAAAAGACCUGCUGGACUGGCAUGGUUACACCACUGGUGCUGCAGCCCGUCGCUUUUAUUUCUCCUAGCUUCGUGCAGGGAUCUUGCCUGGAUGCUGGUGACUGUGGAUGUCGAUGUGGGCUACGCAAAGGCCAGCAACUCUGCUACCCGUUCUGGAAGGCAGUCGAAUAA